AUGGAUCCGACACCCGCUGAGCUGCCCUGUGGUACGGCGAGGAGACGCCGGUCCUUCAAAGCUGGUGGGUAUAGAUCCUUUAGAAACUAUAUCUCCAGGAUCAAGGACUCGCACGUCAUGGCGGGCUUUCCUUGGACAGAUCUUUUGCAGAGAAAUUCGCAAAAAUGUAUGAGAUCAGUGCUCAGGGGCCUCGCUAGCCCGACCAGAUCGGAACCAUUCGACCUGAUUGCAGUGUACAAGGUUGCAGCUCGUUUGAAGGCUCCGGUGACUGAUGGAGCUCCUUGGCACCCCAUGCCGUUGAUUGUGUGUGCAACCUUCUUCGUGCUGCGGGAGAUUGAAGGCAUUCAAUUGUAA